GUGUUAGAAGAGUUACAAGACCUCAAAGGAGUUUGGUCUGAGCUUUGGGACCAGAUUGAUCAGAUGAAGGAGCAGCCAGGGGUUUCAGUACUGCCUCGCAAGCUUUGACAAAAUUUGGACAGCUUACUGAACCAGUUGAAAAACUUCCUGCUUGUUUGCGGCAGAAGAAUGAAGCAAUGGUCAAAGAUGUACUUCUUGUAGCUCAGGAAGAGAUGGCUUUGGAAAAGUUCUUGAAACAGGCAAUGGGAUGCAUCAGUGUGGGGCUUUGUCAAGUGGGCACAUGGGGCUGCUUUGAUGAGUUCAACAGACUUGAGGAGUGUAUGCUUUCUGCUGUUUCUCAGCUGGUUCAGUGCAUCCAGGAAGCCUUGCGAGAACAUUGCAAUCCUAACUAUGACAAGACUUCCGCACCUAUUACUUGUGAGCUGCUGAGUAAACAAGUUAAAGUGAGCCCAGACAUGGCUAUCUUCAUCACCAUGAAUCCUGGUUAUGUAAGUAGAUCAAAUCUUCCAGACAACUUGAAGCUGUUCCGUAGCUUGGCAAUGACAAAGCCAGACCGCCAGCUGAUUGCCCAGGUCAUAUUGUACUCCCAGGGUUUCUGUACUGCUGAAGUGCUUGCCAAUAAGAUUGUACCAUUCUUCAAGUAAGUAAUAGUCCCUUAAACAAG